AAAUAUUGCGCGCAAUUCCGCUGUUGCGUUACAGCUAUUCUGAUGGUGUUUCUAAUAGAAUGUAUCCUUCUCAUUACUCUAUGGAGUGGUGUCAGCUGCCUAGAGAUACCUCCAUAUGGAACAUCAAAACUUCCAGUCAUAAAAGAUGAUCAAAUCAAAUCGACCAAGGAAGUUAAUUCAGCAUGGAAUUUGUUUUUAUCUGGAUUUUCGUCUUCAUUUUACGUUAUUAUAAUAUCUGAAAUUGGAGAUAAGACAUUUUUCAUCGCUGCUAUUAUGUCUAUGCAACAUCCACGAGCUUUGGUUUAUUGUGGAGCGAUGCUCGCUCUUAUCACCAUGACAAUGUUGUCGGCGUUACUUGGUUACGCAACAACAAUCAUCCCGCGAUUUGUAACCUUAUAUUUAUCCGGUGCUUUAUUUUUUAUAUUCGGCCUGAAAAUGCUCUAUGAAGCAUAUACUAUGUCUUCCAGUACAGCCAAAGAAGAGUUCGAUGAAGUUCAUAUGCAACUCACACAGUCUAGAGCAGAUGAUAUAGAAACUGGUCGUCCAACCCCAGACUCUCCCCAGGGAUUUCCCUCCAAAUUACUUACGAUCACAAGAAACAUAUUUACUCCAAUCUUUGUGGAAGCUUUUGUGCUCACAUUUUUUGCAGAAUGGGGUGAUAGGUCUCAGAUAACUACAAUUGUUCUUGCAGCUACAAAGGUAAGUGACCACCUCGACACCACAAGUUAGGUUUGUUAACAUAACGUUCCAUAAUAAAUUUGCAUAAAUUAAGUAUCCAGCUAUCUUUAGUAACAUAUUUCUUAAAAUUCUUUAAAAGUACAUGAAAAUUCCGGAUCUUUCUCGUCCCUAAUGAGGAAAGCGAAUGCAGAAUAUUCUCACUCCUAACUGUGAGUUGUGGGUUUAUUGAAAAUGACAUAACGUACAUUGUCACGCGUACUGUUAGUGAGGGUAGUUGUCAUUUACUCGUUGCCCAAACCUUAUUGCCGUUACCCCUCUGUACAUUUCGAAGUAUGACCACGCCCUCGAGUCUUACGUUGCUGUUUUUAGGCCUACUGUUUUUCAACUGAUUUACCUGGCAUAGUAGAAAAUAAAGGAAAAAUUGUUCCAGCCAAUGUAGCUCUGUUGGAUCAUUAAGAUGUAGAGCUUGACCAUCACCUCAAGAUAGAAGUUAUAGUCGUGAUGUCUAAAAUGCAUUAAUUAAGUUUACCCUCUAACUGGUUGUCAUACUUAUGUAACCUGUCAGUUCUUGCCGUUUUAUCCCCGCUUUGAACAGCAUGAUUUUACUCUACCCAUAGGUAGAACACUUAGCUUAAUCUAAAUAAUGUAUAUUUCGAAUAAAUCCCCUUUUCCCACACAUUUCCAAAACUGUUGGUUUUGCUGUAUCUAUUACAUCUGUUUAUUUUAAAAUAAUUGAUUAGUCUUUGCUCUGGUGUCAAGUCUGAAAUGUCUUUCCGUAAUUUCUGCCUACACACUGACAGAUUGUAGCUCGGAUGAAAUCGAAGAUGAGCUCCACCACCAGUAAUGUGAUCUCAUGAAAUCGCAUUCGGUAAUGCGAGCCGGAGACUUGAAUGUGUAGUUCGUAUCUAGGCACAUUAUUUAUUUGUUUGUUGGAACACAAAUAUUGGUACAAGGGGGCACCAGAUAUAUAUGAGCCACACAAACACAAUGAGAAUGGGAAGAGAAAAAUAAUGUAAGGUGCGUAUAAGAAAAAAAGAACAAUAACGACUGCAGAUUAGUGUGUGGUAGUUUAAUAUUAAUAAUAAUAGUGGGGGAAACGCAAAGGUACAACCAGAAGGAUUCUUUCAGUUAAGAAAGUUACAACCGCUUCUUAUGAAGAAAGUAAAGGAAGGUCACAGCAGGAUCGCCUCUCUUCUAUUCUGAGCCAUAUCUGAUAACGUCCCUACCCAUUGUGCUGCACUAUCUCUCGGACCCCAGCCAGGGAGUCGAGAAGGACCAACAGAAGCCAACCUUUUGCAGCUUUCUUUCAUACCACGACACAAUGUCAUACACUAACCACCUCUCCGCCUUUUCCAACCAGUCCCAGAGUCGGCAAAUAAUGCACGACGUGGAGUUCUCUGGGACGACAUUCGGAGAACAUGUCCAAGCCACCGAAGUCGAUGUUUCAAGAUAAUGACAGCAAUAGACUUAUCGUCUCUGUGCCCGAACACACGAUGCUGAACCUCUGCACUACUAACAUGGUGUUGCCACUGGAUGUCAUCAAUCCUUCGGAGACAACGAUGAUAACACAUAUAGUUGUUUAACAUCCUCAACUCGGAGGCCAUGUUUCACAAGCACAGAGCAAAACUACUCUCACCGACGCGUUGUAAAUCCGACCUUGUACAGCCUGGCUUCUGUUGGUCCUUCUCGACUCCCUG